GACAGCAGCAGCAGCAGCUGACUUUCUACAUCAAGCGCCUUGGGGCCCCAGGCUUGGGAUUGAGCCGAUGGCCCACGUUCGAGAGGCGUCCCGGUCCUCCCGCUCCGUCGCCAGUUGGAGUUCGGGAGCAGGUCGAGGAGCCUGUUUGGAGCAGGAGGCAGAGAAAGCAGCGAGAAUGGAGCAGACGAUGCGGGGUACACAGGGAGCCCAGGAGAUGCAGCCGGAGCCGUGGCCGGAGCCCAAGCCCUUGUCGGAGAACUUAACAAGGAGGGGCAGUGGCAGCGAGGAGAAGGUGCUCCCUUCCAGCAGCCAGGCUGCUUGUCACUCCAGCUCGGUUUGCCCGCGCCGCAAGCCCCGCCCUCGGUCCCAGCCCAGGUCCCGCUCCCGGGGAGGGCGUGGGCUCAAGGCCCCACCCCCGCCUCCCGCCAAACCUCCGCCUCCCCCGCCAGCGCCGCCACCUCCACCCCCGCCCCCGUCGCGGCCGGUGGCCUGGCGCAAAUCCAGGCGUACGUCCAGGCCCAGACCUAGACCCCAAACACGCAAAACCUGCUCUAAUGGCCAAGGCUGUUCUGGGGAUCCAGAGGGCUCAGAGAACAGGUUGCUGGAGGUGGGGUCUGAUAAGGGUCCCACAGGCUGCCCACAUAUAGAAAGCUUAAAAGUAGCUAAAAACUGGCGGAAGAACCUGCGAAUGAUCUAUCAGCGUUUCAUUUGGAGCGGGACACCGGAGACUAGAAAACGUAAGGCAAAGUCCUGCAUAUGUCGUGUGUGUAAUACUCAUAAGAACAGACUUCACUCCUGUCUCUCCUGUGUGUAUUUUGGAUGCUUUACUGAGAAGCAUAUCCAUAUCCACGCAGAGACAAAGCAACACAAUUUAGCAGUCGACCUCUAUCAUGGCGUUAUAUAUUGCUUUAUGUGUAAGGAUUAUGUAUAUGACAGUGACAUAGAGCAGAUUGCCAAAGAAACAAAGGAGAAAAUUCUGGGACUGCUAACUUCCACCGCGGUAGAUGUUUCCUCUCAACAGAGUGUGACCUCGGAGGCUGAAGAAAAUCAAUCACCCUGUGAGUCGAAAGAUCAGGAGACCACAGUGGUAAAACCCAAGAAAAAGAGGAGGAAAAAGACAGAAUAUUAUUCCGUAGGCCUCAGAGGGUUAAUUAAUCUUGGGAACACUUGCUUUAUGAAUUGUAUUGUCCAGGCGCUUACCCAUACUCCACUACUGAAAGAUUUCUUCCUUUCUGACAAGCACAAGUGUACAAUGACAAGCCCCAGCUUAUGCUUGGUGUGUGAAAUGUGCUCGCUUUUUCAAGCGAUGUACUCGGGGAGCCAGAGUCCUCAUAUUCCGUAUAAACUGCUGCACCUGAUCUGGAUUCACGCUGAACAUCUAGCUGGGUACAGACAGCAGGAUGCCCAUGAGUUUCUUAUUGCAAUGUUAGACGUGCUGCAUAGACACAGCAAAGAUGAUAGCGUCGAGCAGGAAGGUAACGCCAACUGCUGUAAUUGCAUCAUAGAUCAAAUCUUUACAGGUGGCUUGCAGUCAGAUUUAACAUGUCAAGUUUGUCAUGGUGUCUCUACAACUAUCGACCCAUGUUGGGACAUCAGUUUGGAUUUGCCUGGCUCUUAUACCUCAGAGAGGGCUAGUAGCACAGCGAGUAGGAAUGGCCCCAAACCAGGAGUUCCCUCUCUUACAGAUUGCCUACAGUGGUUUACAAGGCAAGAGGACCUGGGAAGCAGUGCCAAAAUCAAAUGUAGUCACUGCCAAAGCUACCAGGAAUCUACCAAACAGCUUACAAUGAAGAAAUUACCGAUCGUGGCCUGUUUUCAUCUGAAACGAUUUGAACAUUUAGGCAAACAGAGACGCAAGAUUAAUACUUUUAUCUCAUUUCCUUUGGAGCUGGACAUGACACCCUUUCUGGCUUCUACUAAAGAAAGCAUAAUGAAAGGCCAGCCAUUAGCAGAGUCUGUGCCCAGUGAGAAUAAGUAUUCUUUGUUUGCAGUGAUUAACCACCAUGGAACUCUGGAAAGUGGCCAUUAUACCAGCUUCAUACGUCAGCAGAAAGACGAGUGGUUUAGCUGUAAUGAUGCCGUUGUCACCAAGGCCACAAUGGAAGAGUUACUCUAUAGUGAAGGGUAUUUACUGUUCUAUCAGAGGCAGGAUAUAGAGAAAGAAUGAUCUCAUCCAGAAUGCUUUUCAGAAAAACUAAGAGCAAGAAUCCUGCAGCGAUAGACAAGCCUACCUGGAAUGGACAAUUGGAAUGCUUUCACAACAGCAAGCACCUCUAAAAGAAACACACAAAUCUACCUGGAGUAGACAGUGACCAUAACACCUAUAUGACAAGUAACACUUUGGCGUAAAGGAACUAUUUUACCCUGUUCCAUAGGUCUAUGGAAAGAAACCGUUGAGCAGUGACCAUUUCGCCUUAAGAACUGGGAGGAGGGGAGGAAAGGUUGAAAGGGGUCACAAAGCAGAUUAAAUGAAGUCUCGAGGUGGAGGGAGGUGCAGAUAAUCUGAAAUUUUUAUGUGCUUCUUGUUUCUUCAAAGAUAAUGUGUUAAGUGUGGGGGUGUCUUUUAGAAAAGGGGUUUUUAAUUGAUUGUAGUUCUAGUUAUGAAUGCACAAAUAGUCUGAAAAACCAAAUAUUUUAAAGAAAAACUUUAAAGCUUUAAAAGAGAAACGUUAAAAACACUUUUGAGAGU